AAAGACAAGGAAGAGAAGAGGAGAUUACGAUUAACUUUAUAGUUAUAUGAUUGUUGUGUCCCAAAUAAAUUGUUUCAUGUGAAAGUUGUAUUUUAUAAAUAGUCCCCAAAACAAUUUACAUGGUUACUUUCAACCUUAUCAGUCACAAUGUGGGAAUCACCAUACUUGACUUGUUUGUUUCUGUAUAUAUUUUCUUUUCAAAUUAUAGCAACUAACUCUCGUACUUCAAAUAUUUGGAAAUUAGAUGUCGAAGAAGGACAAAUUGUUGAUGGUAAUACAUUAUCUCAGGAUGACUCAGAUAAAACAAAAAUUUCGGAAGAAGAUGAUAUAUUCAAUAUAAUAACUUCAACAGUUUACUAUGGCAAUACUUGGACUAAGCAUGGCUUUGAUAUGUUCUGCACUGAUUGCCAGAUGUUUGAACAGCAAAGGGCUAGUGGAGAAAAUGGUGAGGAAACUUCCCCAUCAGAGACCAAUGGUAGUGAUAUUGACGAUGAAUACUUGGACUGUGGAAAAGCUGUUAACUUUACAUAUUAUGACAACCUAGUUGGGGUAGCUAGGCGCCACCGGCAUCCUAAUGUACCUGAACCCCAGGUUGCCCUUAUUUUCACAAAGAAAAAAUCAUACAAAAAUGGUGUAACAGAAUUAGAUAUAAAUGCAUUAGAAAGACGUCUUAAAAAGGCUAAAAGAGAAAAACCAAAGUCAGUGCAGCUUUACAAUCAGAUUGGUAACUACUGGAGAAUCAAAGGUGAUACAAGACAGUCAAUUGAGUGCUUCCGGAGAGCACUCGCUGUUUCACCUUAUAAUGCAGAAGUGUUGCUAAACCUAGCACGCGUGCUCUUCACGCUGCAGUACUUGGACGAUGCGAUCUUCCUCACGCGUCGUUCCUUGGAGGUGCAGCCGCCGGAUCGCAGUACUUGGCAGCAGUACUUUACAUUGGGCGAGAUAUUUAAAGCGUAUGGACAUUAUCAGGAGGCAGCAGUGCACCUAAAACAUGCACUUGACCUGCGGCCUGACUUUGAACCCGCGCUGGUCGCGCUAAAAGACAUCGAGAAUAUACCAGAAGCGUCGGUACACGUGUAUACGCUCCUCAUCAUUGUUUGUUUGGUAAUGGGCGUGCUGCUAGUGAUACUGUCGUCGGUGGACAGCGGCGGCGACUCGGACGAGCAUAAGACGCAGCGACACUUCAACCGCGCCAUGGCCAUGCGCUCGCUGCGCGGCGUCGCGCUGGCCAGCGCGCGCGGCCGCAAGAAAGGAGGCUCGUAAGCGCCGCGACCACGGGAGCCUGAGUUUACUACCUCUGCAAGUACCGUUCGAUUCAUACGUUCCUAUUCGAACCACGGAUUUACAACCACUGCACUCGAUAUGGAACUUAAACGAUACACACCACGACCCAAAGGUCCGCAACCGCUGUCCUAUUGUCGCGUGUCUGUGAUUCGUUAAACUUCGAAUUUGAUUCCGAUUUCAAUACUAAGCGACACCAAAUCGUUUGCCGGCAAAUGCAUUCGAUCUGAAACUCGGUGUACCGCGAGCCAAAGGUACGCAAUCACUGUCUGGCUGUCUCAUGUCUGUGAUUCGUGGUUCAUAAUAAAUUUUCGAUUUCAGUGUUAAGUAAUUCCAAUUUUGAAUACUUUUUUUUAGAUGUUUUCAAAUAAAUCGUGGCUCAAGUCAAAAUUUUCCUGUCUCGUUUAUUCUUGGCCAUAAUAAUAACACGGUUCACGAGGCUUGAAUCAAUACUUGUGGGAAACGUACCUUAUCAUGAUAUCCGUGUGUGACAGUACUUACUGAUGAAUGCUCAAAUUUUAAUUAUUUAUUCUUUUCUUUUUUUUUAAUUAAUUUGUUACGACCUAGUUUUACUUAUGCAAUACGAAAUUUGAAACAUUUGUUAUUUCUACAAUUUUGUGAUUGCCGAUUUCUAAAACUUAGACGUUUAUAACAAAACCUUCUUUAAUAUACUUGAGUGUUGCAAGUUAUUACAAAUGUGUAAUUAAUAUGUCAUUUACGUACCUAUUAUGAGCCCAUUAAUGUUUCGUGGGCUGAUAAAAACUAGUACAAAUAAUAUUGUUAAAUGUGUUCCACAAUGUGCCUAACAUAAAAUCAUAGUAUGCUUUUGCGGCAGUGUGUACGUAAAAUCAACUUUUUUUAUUUUAAUACUAACAAAAAUAAAUAAAUAGUGCAAGUAAUUUAAAAAGACUUAGUAUUUGUAACACUGUUAAAUUUUCAACUUCAAUAACAAAUUAAACAAUACGUUCCGUUAAAAAUAUAUAUAGUAAAAAAAGCAAUAAAUAAAAGAAACGUUAUAGGGAUAGUUUUCUCUACAUUUUCCAUACAAGUCGUUUUUCUGUUGUUUUUAAAGCUUAUUUCCAGUAUACACAAAAAUCAAAGUUAUUGAUUUCUAAUUGCUCAGACGAUAAACAUUAUAUAUAAUAUUGUUAUUUUUUUUUUUUUUAGAUUUAUUCGUAAUUUUUUGUUAAUGUUGUGAAAUCCAAAUUAUUUGUUUUUACUUGUAAGAGAUUCUAAACUCAGGCUAAUUAACAACGUACAACAUUUAAUCGCUUGCUGAGUGCAAAUAUAAGUAACGUUAAGAACUAAUGUUACUAAAUAUUUCGUGUUAUUCGCUAUUAAUACCCAACGGCGAGCGCUGACGCGUUGUAGUACUGUUCUAUUAAAUUUUCAAUUAAUUUUUCUAUAACAAAAAUAACCCUUAUUACAUUAAAAUAACGUUACACUGUACGGAAAUAAUUGGAACUUAAGAAUAUCAUACUUUUAUAAUUCAAUAAAAGUACUCAAAAUUUAAAUGUUUUUUUAAUGUCUUCCCUGUAAUAAAACAAGGGGACAAUUCUACGAACAAAUUGUUACUUUAUCGCAAUCGAAUCGACGCGUAAUCGUUGCCGUUUAUCCGUUUCCCUAUUCUUUAAUUUAAUUACUGAUUAUUGGUAUAAAAAAUAACAUUUUGCUUUUGAUGUAACGUUUACAUAAUAUCGUUACGUUUCCGAUUCGAUAAAUGGAUUCUUGUGAAAAGAAAGAAAACAAUUAUUGCGAAUAAUCUGAAUUUAUAAAUGCACGGUGUAACUGUUAAUUGUAUUUUUACUAAUUUCAAUAACUGUGUUUUUGAAUUAACAAUAGAUGCUAUGACAAAACUGCUAAGAAAUGUUUAUUUAACCACAAUUUUUAAUAGAACAGUACUAGCAAACAGAGGCUAAAUGGCUUAUGUACAAAUAAUCUUUAUAUGAUACCGACCGAUAUGGUCUUGCCAUAUCCGAUUUGAUCUCCGCUUUGUAGUCUUCAACACCUGGAGGUAGAUCGUACCCAAAGUGGUGUUCCUUUUAGCAGUACAUUGAUCGGUGUUAAGUUUUAAACCAACAUUAUCCAAUUUUUUUAUACAUUUGACACACGUUUACGUGUUAUUGUAAGAUAAAUUACAAUAUAUUUCUAGAAUGUAGUUCGUUCUAUAUUAUUGAUAAUUUCGAAUGGAUAAGCUCGAUUUUGGUAUUGUAAUAAAAACUGCUACGUACAAAGGAAACAGCCCCAUACAUAAUGUAGAGGAAGACUCAAACCGUUUUGGCUCGCCAGUCUUGCAAAUGAGCGUUAUACUGCAACCUAGUCAUUCACUUGGACAAGUUUGGUCUACGGAACCGUGUGUAAUUCAUAGUAGUGCAUGCAAGUAACUUGUUAAGUGUUCGUAGCGUCUAAGGAUUUUAAAGUUGCAAGUCUUAAAAAUCUGAGACUGGAAUUUAAAAAAAAAAAAUGUACCUGUUUUCAGUGGUCUUUUGUUAAUUUUUGACUAUUUAUUACUUAAUACAUGAUUGUCUUAGCAUC